CUUUUCGAGAUAGAAAGUGAAAAUUCAACUGCAGCAAAAUCAAUUCGUUCAAAGAUGUCGACAUCAAACGAAGAAACCGAAGGGCAGCCCCUUCUACAAGACGCAGCCAAAACCUGGAGACCUCCAGCAGGCUUUUUAUGGAUUCAAAUAGCUAUCAUGUCUGCUGUAUUUUUGGCUGGCUUUGACGGCACAAUUACUGCUUCGACAUAUGCCGUGAUAAGCUCCGAAUUCAACGCCUUGCAAAUAUCUUCAUGGAUAACGACGUCCUACUUGAUUACGAGCACAGCUUUUCAGCCUCUAUAUGGAAGGUUCUCAGAUCUUUUCGGCCGCCGCGCCUGCUUCUUUACUGCAACAAUUGCCUUUGCAACAGGCUGUUUGGGCUGUGGAAUGGCCAAGAACGUGAUAUUUCUAAAUAUAAUGCGAGCAUGGACUGGUAUUGGUGGUGGUGGAUUGAUGACAAUGGCAACCAUUAUAAACUCAGAUUUAAUCCCCUUCAGACAACGGGGUAUUUACCAGAUAUUUCAGAAUGUAAGUUACGGCUUAGGCAGCAUAUCUGGAGCAUCGUUUGGAGGUUUUCUCGUUGAGUCACUGGGCUGGCGCUGGUGUUUUAUUAUUCAAGUGCCAGUCUCACUCAUUGGGUUGGUCUUAGGGUAUUGGGUUCUCAAGUUUCCAGCGAAACCAGUUGGAACUCAGCCCAGGGGCCUAUGGGAUCAGAUUGAUCUCCUUGGGGCGUGUCUGCUUGUCCUCGCCCUAUCAUCCCAAUUGGUCGGGUUGAGUUUGGGCGGGAAUGAGCUUCCAUGGAGUAGUGUCUGGGUCAUACUCUCCUUGCUCGGAAGUGUAGCAUUUAUCGGGGCCUUUUUCUUUGUUGAAGCAACUACCAAGGCUGUUCCCUUGAUCCCUCUGAAGAUGCUACACGGAAUUUCUCCUAUCUCCACUCAGAUCACCAAUAUCUGUGUCGGGUUAUCCGCAUAUGCUUUUCUUUUCACGCUGCCUUUGCUCUUUCAGGUCAUUCUACUGGAUAGUCCCACUAAAGCAGGUGCCCGCUUGGUCAUUCCAUCUCUAGCCACCCCACUUGGAGGACUCAUUGCCGGCAUCGUCAUGUCGCGCUGGGGUAAGCUAGCUCAGCUUGUUCGAGCUGGUGCUGCCUUAAUGUUCAUUGGAAACUUGCUGGUUACCCUACUUCGCUUCAACGACUCAGAAUGGAAGUAUUUUGCAUACAUCAUUCCGGCCAAUCUUGGGCAGGGCAUAGUAUAUCCGGGGAUCUUGUUUACCUUUCUCGCUGCAUUCGACCAUAACGACCACGCUGUUUCCGCAUCGACCGUGUAUCUUAUUCGUUCUCUCGGAACAGUUUGGGGAGUCGCGAUUACCUCUGCAAUCGUUCAAAACACAUUGAAAUCGGGCCUUCCAGAGGCCUUGAUUGGGAUGCCAGACAAAUGGAAAGUACAGCCCAUCCGUAAAGUCAUAUUGUUAAUUGAAGAGAUCCGCCAUUCCGUCUCCGCUAUUCAUGACCUUCCACCGGAUGUUCAGAUGGCUGUAAGACUUGUUUAUUAUCGAGGGAUUCGCCUCUCUUUCGCAGCUUCAACCUCAUUUGGUUUCGUUGCGACUUUUGCGUCCAUCUUCACUCGUGGAAAGGGACUGGAUCGUGAUUAA